GGGAAGCCGGGCUCUUGCGGCCGCCUGGCGUCAGGGCACUGGGCCUCGGGCUUGCCUCGGCGGUGAGCGGGCCGCUGGCUGCGGGGGCGCGCACGCCCUGGUCUCAGGGGCCCUGGGCGUUCUUAGUUUUUUUUUUUUAAUUUGUAUUCCUGGGGCCCCACCUAUCUGGUCUCCCCACCUGUCUGCUUUCCAUUUUUUCCUUUUUCCGUGGUUAACAUUUGCUCUGCUGUUUACUCAAUUAUUUCUGUUUUUCUUGGCCUCUCUCACGUUCCUUUAUUUUCCCUUCUCUUCUCUCCUUACCGCCAGAUCUCAGCAUUACCCCGUCUCCAGCCUGGCUGAACGGCCUUAAUUAGUCCACGCCCCCCCCCCUUUCUUUUUAAACAUUUUUUCCCUUACUUCAGGUGAUUCCUUUUUCCAGUUUUUAUGAUUCUGAGAGUUUUUGUGGGAUUGGAGUCAAUUCUCAGGCCAAUCUCUGUGGGUAGAUCAUGAUUUAUUUACUGCCGGUGACCUCUUCUCGGGCUCAGUGAAGCCACCAGAUGCGGGAGCCUUUGCCCCGUCUGCAGCUCAGAUAAGCGCCUCCAGCCAUCGUAGUUAUCUUUGUGACAGGCCGCUGAGGCUCCUGGCCAGAAGCUGGAGGGGGCUUGGCCAAUGAGAGGGAGAAACGGUUCAGCUGUGCUUUCUACCUCUGAGAUAGAAAUGUCUGCAGACGGCGGAGGCACCCGGGCUGCCCAGGACAAGGAGAGAGCUCGAGAGGUUCCAGGUCAUGGGCAUCCUGGUCAAGAAAUGCUUUCUGAGUUGGAGGAGAUGGUGCCUUUGGGAGCUGCUCGGGAGUCACCCCACAUCAAGACGGAGCCGGAAGAGCCAUACCCCGAGGGGGCGUCGCAGGGGGAUGGGGCUCCAGGAACGCCAGGCUGGCUGUCCCUAAGCCAGGGCUGUAAGGAGAAAGCUCUAUUCCUGCCUGGUGGAGCCCUCCCGUCCCCCCAGAUCCCCAUGCUCCCUCGCGAGGGGAGGACCAGGGACCGGCAGAUGGCUGCAGCGCUUCUCACCGCCUGGUCCCAGAUGCCGGUGACCUUUGAGGAUGUGGCUCUGUACCUCUCUCGGGAGGAGUGGGGUCGGCUGGACCACGCGCAGCAGAACUUCUAUAGGGACGUCCUGCAGAAGAGGAAUGGGCUGUCCUUGGGAUUUCCCUUCAGCAGACCUUUCUGGGCCUCCCAAGGACAGGGCAAGGGUGAGACCUCGAGCUCGUGCCGGCAGAUGGGAGAUGAGGAGAAGACAGAAUUUCCCUGGGUCCCUCACGGAAGUCUCUCUCUUGCUGGAAACUCUCUUUCUCCAGGAGCCAUUGAGGUGGGCAAGGAGGAGCCGGCCCCAUCCCUGGCAGCCCUUGGGGAUGUGAAGUCUUUCAGAAGCAGGGUGGGGAGAGCCCAGGGGGAUGUCCUGCAGUGUGGGCAGCAAGCAGGCAGCGGCCAGAGCUCAGGGCCAGCCAAAGACAAUGGGCAGCCAGGUCCCCCAGAGGAGAGACAGGAGAAACCAGCCCCGCCUGACACCAGCCUCACCAAGGCCCAGGAGGGCCACCUCCCAGAGAAACCCAGAGAGGAGCGGACGGGCACCCCCGAGAGCAGUGAGGAGGGCCUGGCCCCCGAUGGUGACGCCAGCAAGAAGACCUACAAGUGUGAGCAGUGUGGCAAGGGCUUCAGCUGGCACUCCCACCUGGUGACCCACCGGCGCACGCACACGGGCGAGAAGCCCUAUGCCUGCACGGACUGCGGCAAGCGCUUUGGCCGCAGCUCGCACCUCAUACAGCACCAGAUCAUCCAUACGGGCGAGAAGCCCUACACCUGCCCCUCCUGCUGGAAGAGCUUCAGCCACCACUCGACGCUGAUCCAGCACCAGCGCAUCCACACGGGCGAGAAGCCCUACGUGUGCGACUGCUGUGCCAAGCGCUUCACCCGCCGUUCGGACCUGGUCACCCACCAGGGCACCCACACGGGCGCCAAGCCCCACAAGUGCCCCAUCUGCAGCAAGUGCUUCACGCAGAGCUCAGCCCUGGUCACGCACCAGCGCACCCACACUGGGGUCAAGCCCUACCCGUGCCCCGAGUGCGGCAAGUGCUUCAGCCAGCGCUCCAACCUCAUUGCCCACAACCGCACGCACACGGGCGAGAAGCCCUACCAUUGCCUCGACUGUGGCAAGAGCUUCAGUCACAGCUCACACCUCACCGCCCACCAACGCACCCAUCGCGGCGUCCGGCCCUACUCCUGCCCCCUGUGUGGCAAGAGCUUCAGCCGGCGCUCCAACCUGCACCGGCACGAGAAGAUCCACACGACGGGGCCCAAGGCCCUGGCCAUGCUGAUGCUGGGGGCGGCGGGGGCUCUGGCAGCACCCCCGCCUGCUCCCACUUAGGAGCCCAGGAGGAGGGGCGGGCUGUGGGGGAGGUUCGAAGGCAGCGUGAGAAGGGGCGUGGGAAGGGCGUGGGAGGUGCUGGCAUGGGGUGGGGCAUGGCAACACAGGAGCGAGGGUGAGGUGCGGGCACGCUAGCUACGAAUUAAAGGCCUUGGAAUUCCAGCCACUGCUUACGCUCUGUCUCGUGGGGCCCUGGUGGUGAGUCUGAGGUGGGGGCCUCCAGGGUCAGCCAUGUCAGCAUGGCUGAGGCAUCCCUGAGUCACUGCUGUUGGGCCUUGGGCACUCUCCUUCCCAGCCUUGACCUGACUUGGGGCCAUUCCAGAGCCAUCAGGACCAUAAGUCGACCAGCAAAGUUUUCUGGGCACGGAGAGGUUUCCAGACCUGAAGCCAGCCAGCCACUUCUGAGGCUGUGGAUCCCCUUGAAGGGUCAGCCUGCUGCUGCUGCCAUUACCAUUGUCCUCGGGGCAUUGCCCACUGAGUCCAGGACACUCCUUUGGCUCUUCUAUUUGGGAGCUGGAGCAGGGCUGAGCCAGCUGGGAACUCAUGCUCUUUGUCUGCAGCCCUCCCUGUCUCCUGUCUCAUGCACUGGAGGCCCGUUUUGUGACUGGACAUUUUCCAUGUGUUUCCACUGGGGCGCAGCCAUAAUCCAGUGAGGACUCCUCCUUUACCAGGGACCACUGUCCCUCCUGGUGCCAGCAACCUUUGCUACUUUUUACUUCCUUGGCCUCUUUGUACAUGUCCUUUAUAAUUUGCCCUACCUGCCCCU